AUGAGUCUCGCCCGCGUGAACAGACUCGGUGCACCCCUCCGCCGCCUCUUCUCGCAGAGUCUAACGGCCCUGCAAAACGCCGCUGCCGCCAGCGCCGCCGCCAGCCUGGAACCAUCACAAAACACAGAAUCCGCCGGCUACGGAAGACCCCCCGUUCCAGAAAGAAAACCAGCCUUCCGCACCUCUUCUCCGCUCACCCGCUUGGACGAGAGCGCGCUCCGCAACUGGGAGAUGGAGCGGUUGAGAGUGGUGCCCGCAUACAUGGGGUUCUAUGGUGGUAAUCCAGUACAUGAAGAUAACAUGAUGCUAUUAAAUGCGGUGCUUCGUAAAUACAAGAGAUUGCCCACGCAGCCUGUAGACGCUGAAACUGUUAAGAGAUUCAGAUUCGUGUCGUUCGAGGACUACAAGGAGAGAUGUAACAGCGGCACCAGAGUCAGAACCAGUCACUACAAGAUCUUGCUUGAAACAUUGCAGAGACUCAGGAGUAUAGAUCCCGAGUUGAUGCCGCGCGAGGUGAGCGACGUUCUCGAGAAGUUUCUCGCCAAGUCGCUGAACUCGCAGAACAUCAAUAAGAAGCUCAAGGCGUUGGACGAAUUCGGUAGAGCCAACGCUUCCGCCAAGAGAAAGGCCACCCAGUCGUCAGUAUCUGUAGUUAGAGGCGAUGGCCAGGUCAUUGUCAACGGCAAGCCCUUCACUGAGUACUUCUGUAAGGACUCUGACAGAGCCAAGAUUGGGUACCCAUUCGAGGUGGUCAGCCAGGAGAACCAGUAUAAUGUGUUUGCUGUUGCCUCUGGUGGAGGCACCACCGGCCAGGCGGAGGCCACCAUGUACGCUAUUGCCAAGGCUUUGGUUGUGUUCAACCCAUUGUUGAAGACCAGAUUGAGACAGGCGGGCUUGAUGACUCCAGAUAGCAGAACAGUCGAGAGAAAGAAGCCAGGUAAGGUCAAGGCCAGAAAAUCGCCCACUUGGGUCAAGCGUUAG